AGAAUAAAUGGAAAUAUCAAUAAAUGAGAAGAAUUUAGAAAGGGCAAUUAAUGUCGGAUUGAUGAUUGUGUUUUGUAAUGAAAUAAAAUUAUUAUAAAAUGUGAUGUCAGGUAAUAAGGAAAAUAUAGGGUUGGCGUUUAUUGGUUAGAAUGUAUGUAACAAGGGAUGAA